AUGCUGGGCUCUACCUUUCAGCGCCGGGCCUUCUCCGCCUCGGCUCGUCAGCUCUCCAAGGUUGCCGUCCUCGGUGCCGGCGGUGGCAUUGGCCAGCCUCUUUCCCUUCUCAUGAAGCUCAACCCCCGUGUCACUGAACUCGCUCUGUACGACAUCCGCGGUGGACCCGGUGUCGCCGCUGAUCUCUCCCACAUCAACACUAAGUCGACCGUCACCGGCUUCGACCCUACCCCUGCCGGUCUCGCCGCUGCCGUCAAGGGCGCCGAGGUUGUCCUGAUCCCCGCCGGUGUCCCCCGCAAGCCCGGCAUGACGCGCGACGACCUGUUCAACACCAACGCCUCUAUCGUCCGCGACCUCGCCAAGGCCGUUGCCGAGUCGGCCCCCGAGGCCAAGCUCCUCGUCAUCUCCAACCCUGUCAACUCGACGGUCCCCAUCUGCGCCGAGGUCUUCAAGGCCCGCGGUGUGUACAACCCCAAGACGCUCUUCGGUGUCACCACACUCGACGUCGUCCGCGCCAGCCGCUUCGUCUCACAGCUCAAGGGCACAGACCCUGCUGACGAGAACAUCACUGUCGUCGGUGGCCACUCUGGCGUCACCAUUGUUCCUCUCUUCUCUCAGAGCAACCACCCCGACCUCUCCUCCAACGCCGAGCUCGUCAAGCGCGUUCAGUUUGGUGGCGAUGAGGUCGUCAAGGCCAAGGACGGUGCCGGCUCUGCCACGCUCUCUAUGGCCAUGGCAGGUGCCCGCAUGGCCGAGUCUAUCCUCCGCGCUGCCGCCGGUGAGAAGGUCAUCGAGCCCGCCUUUGUCGACUCGCCCCUCUACAAGGACCAGGGCAUCGAUUUCUUUAGCUCCAAGGUCGAGCUCGGCCCCGAGGGAGUCUCCAAGGUCCUGCCCCUCGGCGCCCUUGACUCCAACGAGGAGGCCCUCCUCGAGGCUUGCCUCAGCGACCUUAAGAAGAACAUUGCUAAGGGUGUCUCCUUCGCCACCGAGAACCCCGGUAACUAG